CAUGGCGUUUGAAGACUUGCUGGAGAUAGUUGGUGGCAUGGGGAGGUACCAGGUGGUCCACGUCUUGCUCCUAUUCAUCCCUCUGCUCUUCACAGCCAGCAACAACCAGCUGCAGAACUUUGUUGCAGCCGUCCCUGACCACCGCUGCCGUCUAGGUCUGGGCCACAAACUCAACGUGACGUGGGAGCCUCUGGUCGGGGACCUUGUGACCCUCUUUGUGCCCGUCGACCAACAGGGGCGAGCGGACAAGUGCCGUCUCUACGCCGAACCGCAGUGGCACCUCCUGUGGCCCAACGGUACGCGGGGUAACGGGAGCGGGGCGGAGACACAGCCGUGUACCGACGGGUGGGAGUAUGACCGCUCCCAGUUCAGUACCACCAUCGUGACCGAGUGGGACUUGGUGUGUGAGCAGAAAGCUCUGAAGAGGAUGGCCCAGUCGAUCUACAUGGCUGGACUGCUGAUUGGAGCCAUUGUACUGGGCAGGCUCUCUGACAAGUAUGGCCGCCGUGCUUUGCUGCUGUGGUCCAGCUUGCAGUUGGCUGCCGCGGGCACAUGCUGUAUGUUCUCCUCCUCCAUCACCCUCUUCUGCUUCUGGAGGUUCCUCAGCGGCAUGGCCAUCUCAGGGGUCAUCGCCAACACCUACUUAUUUGCUGCUGAAUUGAUCCCAACUCGGAUCAGAACGGGGGUGGUUACAGCCAUGAACUAUGGCUACGUGUUCGGACAGCUAAUGUUGGCCGGAGUGGCGUUCCUUAUCCGAGACUGGCGCUGGCUUCAGUUCGCGGUGUCCGUGCCUUACUUUGUCAGCUUCCUCUACUCAUGGUGGUUGUCCGAGUCUCCGCGCUGGCUCAUCAUGAACAAGAAGGCUGAAGCCGCCCUCAAGCAGCUGCGGCGGAUGGCCAAUAACGGCAGGCAGGCCGAGGGGCAAAAUCUCACCACUGAGAUUAUCAAAGCAAAGAUGGAAGAUGAACUGUCGAACACCAGAGACUCUCACAGUAUUCUAGAUCUCUUCCGGACUCCUGGAAUGUGCAGGAUUACCUGUUGCUUAAUGGUUGUUUGGUUUUCAGUGAGCUUCUCAUAUUACGGGUUGUCGAUUGACUUGCAAGGGUUUGGUGUUGAUAUCUACCUGAUCCAGGUCAUCUUUGGAGCCGCGGACAUCCCUGCAAAGUUAAUUGGUUACAUCUUCAUGAGUUACAUCGGCAGAAGGUUCACACAAAGCUCCUCCCUCAUCAUGGCCGGGUGCAUUAUAGUCACUAAUAUCUUCCUCCCUCAAGAGAUGCAGACCGUACAGAUGUUGUUGGCCGCAGUAGGCAAGGGGUGUCUGGCAGCAGCCUUCAGCUGCGCCUUCCUGCACACUGCGGAACUCUUCCCGACCGUGGUUAGGCUGACGGGGUUGGGACUGGCAUGUACCAUGGCUCGGGUCGGUGCCAUCGUGGCGCCCAUCGUAAGGAUGAUCGGUGACUACGUGCCCUUCUUGCCCAUGGCUAUAUACGGCGGGAUAGCCAUCGUGGCCGGACUGGCCGCCUGCUGCCUCCCGGAAACACGCAACAUGCCGCUGCCCGACACCAUCGCGGAGGUGGAACGCAGGGCAAAGAAACUCAAGAAGUCAGAAAAAGAAGAAAUCAUGCUGCAGGAAACACAAGUAUCUCUGGUGAAACCAAGCGUUUAACCGACCUCCUGCUGAACCAAGCUCCAGCCUCUGCAGUGAAUCGCCUGGCAUCACCAACACGCUGUCAUGGGCCAAGCACGCUGAAGCAGCAGCUCUGCACAAGGCCGCAAGUUGUAGACAUCGCCCAGUCCAUCACACACACCAGACUCCCCAUCAUUGUAGAUGUAGCCCAGUCCAUCACACACACCAGAUUCCCCACCAUUGUAGAUGUAGCCCAGUCCA